GCUGGUUGCUUACACGCAGCAGCAUGUAGUGAUUCCAUUGAAGAAAGUUGGGCAGAAGGUGAAUCUGGAGGUGGAUAUUUUGGGGAAGUACGUGGAAAGAUUGCUUUCCUCCAUGAAAGGUUAAUGAAGAGGGUUUUAAAUCUCGUGCUACAGAGUGCAAAACCAAGGACUGUUGGCUCGUUGAUUUUCUCCAGAAAUAAACAGAAAAUGGCAGUUUCUCCUUCCUUGAACUCACUCUCCAAAGUACCAAAAUCCAGCUCACCAAAACCUCAAAUCUUCAAUCUCCUAACCACAACACCCAAAACCCAUUUCAAGUUUACUCCGAUUUUCAAGCAAUCCACUCUCUCCCUCUUCACCGCCGGCCAUGCAAAUCAAAAGCCCACCAUCAAACACCAUAGCAACUCCUCAACUCGUUGCCUUUUCACUGGAAUUGUCGAAGAAAUGGGCGAGGUCAAGCAACUGGGUGUCGCCGAUCACGGUGGAUUCGAUCUGAAAAUCCACGCAAACACCGUCCUCGACGGCGUGAAACUCGGCGACAGCAUCGCCGUCAACGGAGCUUGCAUGACAGUAACGGAUUUCGACAAAAGAUUGAACGAAUUCACCAUCGGAUUAUCCCCCGAAACGUUGAGAACAACCGCACUGGUAGAGCUCGAACCAGGUUGGAAGGUCAAUCUGGAGCGCGCGUUGAGGUCCGUUGACCGAGUUGGCGGGCAUUUUAUGCAGGGCCACGUGGACGGAACAGGGGAGAUCGUGGGGAUGGAGAUGGAGGGAGAUGGGUUGUGGGUCAAAAUCAAAACGGAGAAAAGUUUACUGCAGUUUAUAGUGCCUAAAGGAUCCAUAGCCAUUGACGGGACUAGCUUGACUGUGUUGAACGUGUUUGAUGAUGAGAGUUGUUUUAAUAUCAUGCUGGUGGGUUAUACGCAGAAGCAUGUGGUGCUUCCAUUGAAGAAAGUUGGUCAGAAGGUGAACCUGGAGGUGGAUGUUUUAGGAAAGUACGUGGAAAGACUACUUGGUGCUUAUAAAACUUCAUGAAUUCAAGAGGACCAAAUAUUGGGAAAGAUGAUCGGAUGUGCUAGAUCAUUGUGAAAUUCAGGACCACCCUCCCCAUCGGCACAUUAGACAUAUAAUGGCUAUAUUGGAGAAGAUUAGAACACCAUUCUUUCUCUAUCUCAAGGUUAUAUUUCCUUUUUUGUUUUUUGAUUCUAAUAAUGAAAAAUUACGUUGCGAUGUACAUGAACAGGCAAACUUCAACUUGUAAUUUUUCUCUCUUGUAAUGAAGAAGUAAUUUUCUUUUUAUCUUAA